AUGCGGGAGGCGAAGGUGGAUCCCAGCGUUGUCAGCUACAGCGCGGCGAUCACCGCGUGUGAUAAAGGCGAGCAGUGGCAGCAGGCUCUGGCAUUGUUACUUGAAAUGCGGGAGGCGAAACUGGAUCCCAACGUCUUCACCUACAACGCCGGGAUCAACGCUUGCGGGAACGGCGGGGAAUGGCAGUGGGCAGUGGCGCUGCUCGGCGAGAUGCGGGCGGCGAAGGUGGAACGCGACUAUAUCACUUACAACACUGGGAUCAACGCGUGCAAGAAGGGUGAGCAGUGGCAGCUGGCGGUAUCGCUGGCCAUAAGUCUGCGUAUCGCUGGUCCUCGAGAUGAAGGAGGCGUGAUUGAUCCCACCGUCUUCAUUUGA